AUGAACUAUACUCUUCGGCCAGAGGACAUAGUUACUGUUAAGAAAUUGGGUGAAGGUUCCGCAGGCACAGUAAGCAAAGUCAAGCAUGUACCUACAGGCUUUAUUAUGGCGCGAAAACACGUUCGCUGUGAUCCUAACCCAGAUUUUCAAAGGUUGUUGGAGCGGGAACUCAAGACAUUGGAUCGUUGUCAUUCACCAUGGAUUGUAACCUUUUAUGGUGCUUAUAUGGAUGGCGAUGAAUUGGCAAUCUGCAUGGAGUAUUGCGAAGGAGGAAGCAUGGAGUCGGUCUAUAAGCGUGUCGCCGAGAAGGGGCAGUCCAUCUCAGAAAAAGUAUUGGGCAAAAUCAGCGAGGCUGUUCUCAAUGGUCUCGUUUAUUUACACAAAAUGCACCAUGUCAUUCAUCGAGAUUUGAAGCCAUCAAAUAUUGUGGUCACAAUGGAAGGCAAUAUCAAGCUCUGCGAUUUCGGCGUAAGCGGGGAUCUGGUCAACUCUCUUGCAGAGACGUUUGUUGGCACAAGCUAUUAUAUGGCACCCGAAAGAAUCCAAGGAGGCAAAUACCCUGUACAGUCUGACGUAUGGUCAUUAGGCAUGACAAUGGUGGAAAUAGCUCAAAUGAAGUUCCCUUUCCCAAAUAAUCUUGCUCCUUUCGAGUUAUUAAUGUGUAUCGUGAACCAGCCUGUACCGUCAUUACCAGAGGAUGAACCUUGGUCAGAAAAUUUUAGGGAUUUCCUCGCACAGUGCAUGAUUAGGGAUUUCAGGAAAAGACCUACGCCAGAACAGAUCAUGGAGCAUCCUUUCAUUGUUGAGUCAUCAAUACGUACUACAGAAGAAGUCAAUAUGAAGAAGUGGAUCCAUGAUGUUUGGGAUUAUGAUAGUAAUUCUGUAGACCAGGAUACCCAUGUUUAA